ACUGAACACCCUCAGGGCUGCGGGAGCUCACCUCGCCACAGAACCAGACCCAGGCGACCCAAGGAAGAAACACUCUUGCGUCAUGAUGGGCAAGGCUAUGGCUGCCAUCCUGACUCUUCUCCUGAUCUCAGCGGUUGGGACAGAAGCUAAGGCCGUGCCACGGUCAGCGAUUGAACUCCGGUGCCAGUGCGUAGGCACCCACUCCAAGUUCAUCCAUCCCAAGUUCAUCCAUAACGUGAACCUCAUCCCCAGCGGACCUCACUGCAAGAACGUUGAAGUCAUAGCUACGCUGACAGACGGCAGAGAAGUGUGCCUGGAGCCCACUGCUCCCUGGGUGAAGCUGAUCAUCAAGGCAAUUCUGGACAAGGCAAACGCCAAACCUGAGACAGUGUCGUAAGGCGAAGAAGAAAAAAUUCCUAACUCUUCCAGGAAAGCAACAAUGGGAGAGACGCUCAUCCAGAUUCUGGCAGCUCAGCUCCUCCUGCCUCCUACAUUCACGCUGCUAACAGCACCUAGAGAGUACGGAUUCCCUGUUUUUGUAGUUAGUUGACAACGGUACUUUUAAGUCUUUUAAAGAGGUCUCGUUACAUAGGAGAGAAACCACUGACACCAGAAAAAGCUGGCAGAAAAAAUGGCUUGUGAAAGGAGAUGGAGACGAUUCUGGAGUCAUUUUUGCUCAAGACAGCCGGAUCAGGGCAGUGCAUUCUCAGCAGAGCUUUCUCUAAAUGACAGCUUCCCUUUUUGCUAACAGUGUAGCAAAAGGCCACUGACCCCUCUCCAGGAAAGCACGGACAGGUAGCAUCAACUAUACCUAAGUCACUGCCACUCAGAGCGGGCUCUGGGCCGCAAGAGGGGAGCUUGCCAAUUAGCAAGCCAAAAUUCUGAGACGUCAGGUUUUGUGCUAUCAUUUUCAAGAUCUUAUUUACUGUGAAUUAGUGUUUUGAAGGUAUAAACAUACAUUUUAAUCCCAUCUUUUGUUAGAAAAAGGCACUUUAUUUAUUUAUUUAUUUAUCUAUUUAUUUAUUUAUUUUUACUUUUGCAUAAGAAUGUAGUUGGUCUUCAAUAUUUAUUUGCUUGUUUAUUUAUGAAAAAUAUUUAUGUUUAUGUACCUAAU